UGGACAGAGAGGACAAACUGAGGCCGCAGAACAGACGUUGGGCUACGUACAUCAUCAUCGUAGAACUCAGUUGCCAGGCAGCGGUUAUUAUUUUAAAAAACCCUCCUCUGCUCGAAUACCUGACAGUUGAAGGGGGUUGUUUCAAAGGUGAAGUCGUCCAGCUCGUUGAGGAAUCAGCCUCAGCACGGCCAGAGAUGGGGACGCGAGCCAGCCGCCUACAGGAAGAGCCGGCUCCCUCCGCUUUCGGAAAAGAUGGCACCAAGCGGGAUUCAUACCGACGCUCCCGCUGUACAAGACCCACCAGCCUCAUGGUCGACUUCUCCGGCAGCUUCGAGGACACCGAGGCCAACCGGAGCCGCUCCGAGGAAGGCAGCGACUCGGACCUCGGGCAGCAUGGGGCGAGUGCAGACGGAAGCCCAGCCGACCACCACAGCAUCCCCUCCGGCAUCAGCCAGCCGUCACCUACCGACGACAACAACAGCGAGGGGAAGCCCGAGGAGGACGGUAGCGUGAGCCCGGAGGCUGCCGUCGACGCUGGGCACCAGCCCGGAGUGGAGACAGGCCGCACGCCACACCGCACUUUUUCCGAGAGGCUGCCCGGGAAUCGGCACUCUUCCUCCCGCAACGUCGGGGCGAGAUCCGCCCGUGUCCGAGGCUCCCACCAGCGGCCGGUGUCCGAGGCGUGGAUCGGCCUCUACCGUGUCAACAACCGUCAUGGCAAUAUCCGCUGUCCUUUCUGCUCGAAGCCUUUCCCGGGGGGUCGGAUCGAGGAUCACCUGUUGAGCUGUCUCACAUCUCCUCCACUACCUUACAAUGCGGAUGUGCUCAGUAAAGACAGCGGCGAGUGCUCCAUCUGUUUGGAGGAUCUGGUGCAGGGAGAGACCAUCGCCAGGCUGGCUUGCCUCUGCGUCUACCAUAAGAGCUGCAUUGAUUCCUGGUCCAAGGUGAAGCCCUGCUGCCCUGAACACCCCUUCGAUUGACUCACAGGUCACAUGUAUUCCCCGCAGUGACCAACCAGACUCAGGAGACUACACUGAAUCCCAAUGAAAUCUCAAUAAAAAAAAACCAAACAAACAAAAAAGUGUAAUUGAACAAAUCGAAGCCCACUGUCCCUCUCAGACACAAACCUAUACUCGAGUGGAGAACAGACGAUCCUAAGAGGAGGCUUCAACAAGAAGAGGCGACGCACGACUCUCUCCAAUCCACUGAACUCAGUCUAGACCAUUUCAAGAAGCAAGCCCCCCCCCCCACCCCCACCCCCCAACAGUAAAAAAAACAGCCGCUCCGGUCGGAAACAGAAGCGGACGGGUUCCCUUUCUGUUUUCCUGGACUUCAAUCAGCAGAACAUGAAAUAAAAUAUACGUCAGAUAAAGAUUAUCAUCCCAGAUCUUGAACUUUGGGAGGAACGCAAAAAAAACAAACACAACAAACAAAAAUAACAACAAAAAAGGACUCUGGAUCCUCUCCUGUGUAUUAGUUUUUAUUUUUAUUUUUUCCUCUCCAUCCGAACAGGAUCGGUCAUUUUAUCAAGUAUUUUGCAAAAAAAAAGAGUAUUGUUUUGUUCCAUGUCAUACAUUGGAUGAAUGUUUUCUUUCUUCGGCUAACCCCCCUCCCCCCAAAAUGAACCAACCUCAUACCUAAAGUGUGAACUGAUACCACAGAUACACACAUUACGCACACACACAUGCGUUGCUUUAUUCUGGACUAGCUGGAGGUUGAGGACUUUAUUAUUAUUGUUGUUUUUUGGUGAAUGGGGGCGGGGGCCGCCGUCGCCGCUUUGGUGUUUUUUCUGUUUUUCUAUUACCUGUAAAGCAUUUCAGGGGAAGUUUUGGGGGCUAUUUUUUUUUUUU